AUGCGAGGGCUCCUCUUCUAUUCAUCCGCUCUGCUCCGACGAGCCGCCGGCGCCGCCGCCCAGCUCUCGCGCGCGGAGUGCGGUAGCGCCUCAGCAUCCGCGCCCUCUCAUCUCCGCCGCUCCCCCCUUCAGAAUGGGAAAAGAGAGACAUUUUCUUCGUUUUGGUCCAAAGGUCGUUCGAUGUCAACCAUAGUUGAUAUGCAAUUAGACUACGAGAGUGAUCCCCCGCUUGACGAUACAAAAGCUCUUGAGAAGGAGUCAUCACUUAAUGUUGCUGUCUCCCAACUUGCAAGUGACUUUGAUAGAGAUUCCAAAUUAUGUUUGGAGCAAUUUUCCCGUACAAGGAAUGCAUCUGUGAUCUCUACUGGUUCUCUUAAGCUUGAUCUUGCUCUCGGCGUUGGAGGAUUACCAAAGGGUAGAAUGGUGGAGAUAUAUGGGAAAGAAGCAUCUGGGAAGACAACACUCGCGCUUCAUGUUGUUAAGGAAGCUCAAAAGAAUGGAGGUUAUUGUGCUUAUGUUGAUGCAGAAAAUGCCUUUAACCCUUCAUUUGCUGAAGCUAUUGGUGUAGACAGUGAAAGGCUCUUGAUAGCACAACCUGAUUCUGCUGAAAAUUCUUUAAGCAUUGUAAACACUCUUGUUGGUGGUUCUGUUGCUGUUGUUGUUGUGGAUAGUGUGGCAGCACUUAUUCCCAAAUGUGAAAUUGAAGGUGAAAUAUACACAAAUUCUGAAGACAUCCAAUCCCGUUUGAUGACUCGGGCCCUUAGAAAAAUUCAGUACACUUUAUGUCGAUCAGAAACACUUAUUAUUUUUAUGAAUCAGGUUAGAAGAAAGAGGACAUCAAAUGAUUUUUCUGGGAUCUACAAGGAGGUGCCUUGUGGUGGUAAUGCAUUAGGAUUCUAUGCUGCAGUCAGAAUGAGGACUUCAAGAAGAGAACUGCGCUAUAGUGAAGACGAGGCUACUGGCAUAGGUAUAUCAGUGCAGAUCAUCAAGAACAAAUUGGCUCCAGCGAGCCUGAAGGAAGCCGGCAUCGACAUCAGAUUCGGGAAGGGGAUCUGCCAUGAAUCCGAGAUCCUGGAGAUGGCUUCUUCGGUCGGAGUUAUCCUAAAAGAUGGGUGUGGGUAUUGGAUCAACAAUGAGUUCCUGGCGGGCAAGGUGGAAGCUGAGAAGUUCCUACAUGAGAACUCAGCAGUGACAGAUGAGAUUUGCAAUACCGUGAGGAAUGAGUUCCGGCAAAGGUGA